AUGGUCAAUUCCAAUAGGCACGGGAUUUUAAAAGACAAAGGCGAGAGUAUAAAAGUACAAAAAUCCCUUGGUAUUCCAAAGAGUACUAUUGAUGUCAUAAAAUGCUUUAAUACUAAGGGUCUUUAUAAAUCCUCACGUCUACAAAGAAAAUUAAAGAAUACUAAAAGAACCCAGGCCGCAAUCUUGAUCCUUUCAGACUGGACUAUUUGUGUCAAUUGCGAUCCAACAUCAGAAAUUAUCAAGCCAGAUUUUCCCAAAAGGUAUAGAAUGAGAGAACUAGAAUUGUAUCUGGGAAGAGUAAUUUGGAUGGUAGACUAG